UCUCUUGACCACUUCCCUUUUUGUUCUAAGACACAGCUGGAGAGUUUCCUCAUUUACAUUCAGUCCCUGGUGUGACUUGAUGCUACAUAUCUGACCCUCGAGGGCAAAGCGGGAAUCCUCAGUGAUGGAGGGUAUUUAUGCCAAUGUUGAAUGUGACAAACCUGUGGACUUCACACCGAGGACCAAUCAGACAGGUCCCAGGAGGCCAAGCAGCAGACCUCAUGGAGCUGUUGCUGUCUCUCUGGGGCUGCUCAGUGUCCUCCUGCUGGUUGGACUCAUCUGUCUCGGUGUCCACUUGCAUGCAGCAGCUGCAGAGCACUCCUCCAUCAAAGCCAACCUGACGGAGCGUCUCCAGGUCAGUGGAGACAAGCUGUCCUCAGUGUCUGCAGAGAGAGACCAGCUGAAGGACAACUUCACUGCACUGAUGGACAACUUCACUGCACUGAAGGACAACUUCACUGCACUGACCCAAGAGAAGGACAGACUCAAGCUCCUGUUGGAACAGAGUAAAACGUAUCCUGAGGGCUGGAAGAUGCUCAGUGGUUCCUCUUAUCUUUUCUCUACACGGGCUGAUUCCUGGACUAAUGCCAGAACAGACUGCAGAGAGCAAGGAGCAGAUCUGGUGAUCAUAAACUCUCCUCAAGAGCAGAAAUUCAUCUCAGACAUCGUCAAAAGUCAUACUUGGAUUGGUUUGAGUGACAGAGAGAUCGAGGGCACCUGGAAAUGGGUUGAUGGAACUCCACUGACUGCGACUGAAGCGUAUUGGGGCGCUAAACCUGAUCCAGUUCAACCUGAUAACUAUGAAGGUAAAGAGGACUGUGUUGAAAUGGUUGUCAGCUGGAACUCAAAAAGAAACUGGAACGAUAGAAACUGUGCUUACCCUCUGAAAUGGAUCUGUGAAAAACUGGUUUAAUGUUUCAAGUUUCAAAGGUUCAAUAAUCAUUUAUUGUUACUAUGCAACCCAGGGAAGACAUUUUAGCCCAUUUGUAACAGAGGGAAAAGAAAAUACACUUAUUUAAUCUGGAUUAUAAACAAUGUAAGCAACAAAAACAAUUAUCUGAUGUAAUAAUAUGGCCGACAUCUUCACGUUAAAACACUGAGUCCUGCUCUCUGUCCCGAUGUCCACCCGUCAAGUAUUACAUCCAUGAAUGUUAUUAUGAUCCUGAUAACUGCCCUAAAUGGUGUAUGUGGGAGAUGAAGAGAAAAGGAGAGUGCAUGUGAAGGG